CCCAUUUCGCCCGUCGGCGCGACCGGCCUCGUUGUCGUGAACAUCGUCAAGGCCGGCCUCGACGUCACCCUCAUCGCCUUGCGUCAGCAAUGCCUCCGUCUCCUCAUUGUUGUCGACCACACACUGUAACUCGACCGCUACCCAAUUAUCCCGGCUUCGGCGAAGUCGGUAUCGGCCACUUGGCCUAGACAUGCUCGACCUUACCCGCCCACCACCAACGCAGGCCAAGUCAUUACCCCAAAGUCUCCUCCACAACUUCAUCUCCCGCGCCACCCUCAACGCACCUUCAAUGCCUGCCCUUCGCUUGCCCUCGCUCGCACUCACCCUCGCCUCCAUCGCGUUCUCCCGAGUCAUCGCGCGCGUCUCGAACACGAAGCCGGCGGGGGCGAAGAGGGUUGAUCCCGCUCAGCCGGGACGAUUGCUUCCGGAUCCGUUGGUGGCUGAACUGGCCAACCGUCAGCCACGUCAUCUCAACAGGUCGGAGAGAGCGACGCUCGCAGGCAGGGGAGACGGUCAUCGCCAGGGCAGAGCUCGCGGCGUUCCGACCCCUCACCUGGCCAGCUGCGAUCUGGCCACCCGAUCGAGCCAGCUCGAAGGCCAGAGAAGCCAACCACCUGAGCCAAAACACGAUCGGCAAGGAUCAGCUUCCAUCGCGGAGAAUUCAAAAACUCCCGCGACCGCGGGUUCAAAAAGGUUCCACGGCACGGAACUCAAAGCCUUCCAUAUCAGGAAAGUCAAUAGCUUCCGUCGGAGUUCGACGCGGUCACGUUGGAAACACGUUGGGAAGGCGACGCGUCGACGCUCUCUUACAGCGGGGACCAAGGGGCUAGCGAGCGCCAGGCUAAACGGGCCAACUUCAAUGGACAACGUCGAGCGAAGGGCUCUUGCGAUGUAG